UCAGGAGUUACAGAGUGGUAGGCUGGACUGGAGAUCACGAAGGGACAAGGAAAUAAGCAUUGUUUUGACGCGACUUUUCCGUUCACUUGGAACGUUUAUAUAUAUGGAUGUAAUGUAUGGAUAUAUAUAUGUGUAUGUAAAAAAAUAAAAAAAUAAAAAAGGAAAUAUGGAAGGAAGAAGCGGAUACCUCUUAUUCACGCGCACCGCAGUGGUUUACGGUUUAAUCCUCGUCAACCCGGUGUUAAGUGAUGACUGGACUCAUGCCCAUGCAGAGGACAAGUUGUUCAACAGGCUGUUCAUUGGCUAUAACAAGUGGUCCCGCCCCGUACGGAACAUCAGUGACGUUGUCAUCGUCAAGUUUGGUCUGUCCAUCGCACAGCUCAUAGACGUGGAUGAGAAGAACCAGAUGAUGACAACCAACGUGUGGCUGAAACAGGAGUGGAGUGACUAUAAACUGCGGUGGCGUCCAUCUGACUACGACAACGUAACGUCCAUUAGAGUACCUUCUGAACUGAUCUGGGUACCUGACAUCGUCCUCUAUAACAAUGCGGAUGGUGAGUUUUCAGUGACCCAUAUGACCAAGGCUCAUCUGUUCCAUAGUGGUCAUGUGCGCUGGGUUCCCCCGGCCAUCUACAAGUCCUCCUGCUCUAUAGACGUCACCUUUUUCCCCUUCGAUCAGCAGAAUUGUAAAAUGAAGUUUGGCUCCUGGACCUACGACAGAGCUAAGAUAGAUCUAGAGCCUAUAGGGGAUACUGUGGAUCUGAAGGACUACUGGGAGAGUGGUGAAUGGGCUAUAGUGAACGCAGUGGGAACCUACAACACUAAGAAGUACGACUGUUGCCAUGAGAUCUACCCUGACAUCACCUACUAUUUCCUGAUCAGACGCCUGCCUCUAUUCUACACUGUCAACCUCAUUAUCCCUUGUCUCCUCAUCUCCUGUCUCACCGUCCUGGUGUUCUAUCUUCCUUCUGAUUGUGGAGAGAAGAUCACCCUGUGUAUCUCGGUCUUACUUUCUCUCACCGUCUUCCUGCUGCUCAUCACUGAGAUCAUCCCCUCCACCUCCCUGGUGAUUCCUCUCAUCGGGGAAUAUCUCCUCUUCACCAUGAUCUUUGUCACUCUGUCCAUCGUUAUAACGGUGUUCGUCCUGAACGUCCAUCACCGUUCCUCUGCUACUCACACCACGCCUCGUUGGGUUCGGACACUGUUCCUGUCUGUCAUUCCCCGGUGGCUCUGCAUGACACGACCCCCACCUGAUCUCAGGAGGAGGGGCUUAGUCGGCAAACUCCACCCCUUCGGAACCUUCGGAACGCCUGGCCCCUCCCGCUCUUCGUCGCAUUCCACAGCUCACACCUGGCUCAUGCGGGAGUCCGAUGUUGAUCUCCGUGGUAACGAGGACGAGGAUGUGAUUCGCCGUGGUUACUUGGAUACGGAGAUGGACGCGGGGUUAGGGGUGGGGCUGAGGCUUCCCCCAUCCUUCUCCUUUCCCCCUCCCUCUCCCCGCCUGCCCGUCUACACCCCCCUCUUCCCCAAGACUCACACCACCCAGCGGCCCCCCAAUCUGAGUCUGACCCCCGACUGGGACUACAAUCCCCCAGGGCCUGAUGUUGGUAUGGCCCCAGCUCCAGCCCUGUUGUCUCCUGCAGUGUUACGAGCCCUGGAGGGGGUGACAUACAUCGCUGAACACCUCAGAGCCGAGGACCAAGACUUCUCUGUGAAGGAGGACUGGAAGUACGUUGCCAUGGUGAUAGAUCGUAUCUUCCUUUGGAUGUUCAUCAUCGUUUGUCUCCUGGGAACCAUCGGAUUGUUCUUACCACCCUGGCUGGCCGGCAUGAUCUAGAACCCUGUGUGUGUUUUUGUGUGCAAUAAUAUGAAUAAUUAUUAUUAAUAUUUGGUGGGUGCUUAUUUUUGUCCUAUUUCACACAUGUACAAGUGUGUUUUUUGUGUGUGUGUGUGUGUACCUUAGGGCUCGUCCCUCUGCUAUGGCUCUCUCCGGAAUGAUCUGGAACCCUGUGUGUGUGUACCUUAGGGCUCGUCCUUCUGCUAUGGCUCUCUCCGGAAUGAUCUAGAACCCUGUGUGUGUGUGUGUGUACCUUAGGGCUCGUCCCUCUGCUAUGGCUCUCUCCGGAAUGAUCUAGAACCUGUGUGUGUGUGUGUGUACCUUAGGGCUCGUCCCUCUGCUAUGGCUCUCUCCGGAAUGAUCUAGAACCCUGUGUGUGUGUGUGUGUGUGUACCUUAGGGCUCGUCCCUCUGCUAUGGCUCUCUCCGGAAUGAUCUAGAACCCUGUGUGUGUGUGUGUACCUUAGGGCUCGUCCCUCUGCUAUGGCUCUCUCCGGAAUGAUCUAGAACCCUGUGUGUGUGUGUGUGUACCUUAGGGCUCGUCCCUCUGCUAUGGCUCUCUCCGGAAUGAUCUAGAACCCUGUGUGUGUGUGUGUACCUUAGGGCUCGUCCCUCUGCUAUGGCUCUCUCCGGAAUGAUCUAGAACCCUGUGUGUGUACCUUAGGGCUCGUCCCUCUGCUAUGGCUCUCUCCGGAAUGAUCUGGAACCCUGUGUGUGUGUACCUUAGGGCUCGUCCUUCUGCUAUGGCUCUCUCCGGAAUGAUCUAGAACCCUGUGUGUGUGUGUGUGUGUACCUUAGGGCUCGUCCCUCUGCUAUGGCUCUCUCCGGAAUGAUCUAGAACCCUGUGUGUGUGUGUGUGUACCUUAGGGCUCGUCCCUCUGCUAUGGCUCUCUCCGGAAUGAUCUGGAACCCUGUGUGUGUGUGUGUACCUUAGGGCUCGUCCCUCUGCUAUGGCUCUCUCCCGAAUGAUCUAGAACCCUGUGUGUGUGUGUGUGUGUACCUUAGGGCUCGUCCCUCUGCUAUGGCUCUCUCCGGAAUGAUCUAGAACCCUGUGUGUGUGUGUGUACCUUAGGGCUCGUCCCUCUGCUAUGGCUCUCUCCGGAAUGAUCUAGAACCCUGUGUGUGUGUGUGUACCUUAGGGCUCGUCCCUCUGCUAUGGCUCUCUCCGGAAUGAUCUAGAACCCUGUGUGUGUGUGUGUACCUUAGGGCUCGUCCCUCUGCUAUGGCUCUCUCCGGAAUGAUCUAGAGGAGUUCUAAGAACUGUUCCUUACUCCAGGCAUUCUAGAACUUUAUCCCUCUCCGUUCUACAAUAUAAUGUCAACGUUAACAAUGUUGAGGACCUGGACCCAGGACUCUCCAGCCAAGUCACAACUUCAAGAAGCAUCCUACCUGCU